UUUCUUUCUGUUUUUUCUUUUUUUUUUUUUUUGCUCCCCCGUACUUUUGUAAUAAGCCAAGCCUUUAUAGGAGAGCAUUCGGCAUCAUCAGCUGUUCCAGGUUGGACUCUCAUUGCUGGAAGUCGGAGCUGAAGGAGUCACAUGACAGAACUGGAGGCAGGGAGCUAGAGAGAGGAAAAGGCACAGCAUUCCGCCUCGCACCGCCAUACUGUAGCCUCUUUUGAGCCAUUUCACAUUUUUAUUGCAACAUUUUACUCCCGCUCGGUGAGUACACUUCCACUGGCUAUUUUUUUUUCUGUUUUUCUAAACAAACAUUUUUUUUUUGGUCUUCUAAAUUCACCCCCUUCUUUUUCUUUUUUUUUCCUUUUUUUGGGUUGUUUUUCCUCCUUUUGCUGGUGUUUGAAUUGAGCAUUUGCCGUGCUGGUUUCAAGCGUUUUUCCCCCCCACACACCUCUACAGUCAGUCCAUCCAGGCUUCAAGUUUUCAGCAUGCGGUGAUUCAGAUCGAGAGGGUGUAAAUUGAAAGAAAAGAAAGGAAACGAGUGCGUUAUCGGUCUCUGAGAAAGCCUCUCACUUUGCUUGCAGUUUUGCAGAAACCGAGCAGAUUUUAUCAGUACAGAGAUUUUUCUUUUUCCUGCGCAUUUACUGGUGGGUUUUGGGACAUUUUUUUUUUAUUAUUUUGAUUUUUUUUUGUUGUUGUUUUCUGUCGACUUUUGCUGUGGCUUUGGUUUGCAUUUUGGCAGUGUGGUUUGUGAUUUUGAUGAAUCUCACCGGUGAAACCUCUCGCUUUUACUUUGUUGCUCUUUUCUUUAUCUUUUACUAAAAAAAAGAAACAAGGCAAUCCUUUUUAAAUCCCCGCUCUGGCGUUUUAACCUGACACUUUUCUUGCAGCUGAGCUCACAGGUUUGUGCUUUUUGUUUUAUCUCUUUUUCCCCCCCUAUUUCCUGUUGUACUCUUGCAGAUGGCAGUGUCAAGUAUUUUUGGAUGUAAUUUUUUCUUACUAGAUUCUUGGGAGAGUUCAAUGCGUUUUUCUUGCUUUCUAUUUCAACGAGGAUGAACAGACAUUUUCCCACUUGCAGGAGGGCAACUGGAGGAGAAUGACUGGUAAAACCCAGACCAGCAACGUGACCAAUAAGAAUGAUCCUCGUUCCCUCAACUCCAGAGUCUUCAUCGGGAACCUCAACACAGCCAUCGUUAAGAAGACCGACAUAGAGGUCAUCUUCGCCAAGUACGGCAAGAUAGUGGGUUGCUCUGUGCAUAAAGGUUACGCGUUUGUACAGUACAUAAACGAAAGAAACGCCCGGGCCGCCGUGGCAGGAGAAAACGCCCGGAUCAUUGCUGGACAGCCUCUAGACAUAAACAUGGCAGGCGAGCCCAAGCCUUACAGGCCCAAAGGCGGCUCCAAGCGGCCGCUCUCAGCUGUUUACAGGCUUUUCGAUUACCACGGCAGAGUGGCCCCCCCACCCAGAGCUGUGAUCCCUCUGAAACGCUCCAGGGUCCUCGCUCCUUCCUCUCGCCGUGGGAAGACUUCCUUCCCUGUCAAAACAUCCUCCUCUUCUUCCUCUUCAUCCUCCAGACCUCCAACAUCAUCCUCCUCCUCAGGUGUCAAAUUGAAGACGGACCAGCUCCAGACCAUUAAACGAGAGCUCACCCAGAUCAAAAUGAAGAUCGACUCUUUACUGGGACGCCUGGAGAAGAUUGAGAAGCAGCAGAGGACAGAAUCCGAGGCUCAAAGAAAAUACGAAGACAACUGCGACUCCCUGCAUGAGGAGUCUGUGUCGGAGACAGCGGAAAACUCUGGGGAGGAGGCAGGCGAGGGGGCGCUGGACGUGGAGGCGGGCGAGAUGACCGAUGGAGGGGAGGACGACUACGACGAGGAGGGCAGCCACCAUCUGAUAGAGAACCACGUAUCGGACAUCGACAACUGAGAUAAGGGCAAAGAAGCGAGCUCUCCUGGUUGUAGGUUUUAGAUUUCAUCAUCACCUUCGAGAGGCAGAAUAAAAGGGAUUUGUGAAAGAUGAGGAUUCGGGGACUGUAAGUUGUGUUUUGGAGAUGCCAAGUCAUGUUUGCAGCACAAGACCUGUUUUAACGUUUUUCUCCUGGAGUUUACUUCAAAAAGCAGCUUAUAUCACACGGCACGAAAGGAAACAGGAAGAUUUAUAAAUAUUUGUUGAUGCUUUUAUGAAAUGUGCUUGCGCUGUAAUCUUACUACUCCUUUCUUUAAGCGUUUUUAUUUCUCAAACAUCAAAUGAAUAAGUGAAGGUAAGGACAAUCUCCGGUCGCAGAGUGGUGUUCAGAAAAUAAAUGAGACGCCGCCGCCGUCUGCUUUUGGAUUUGGACUCAUGCAUAAGCCAAUAGCUGUGAGCAAAACGCCAUCCAGCUUUAUCCAUUUAUCACACAAGCGUCCCUGUGGGGCUGUUCCACCGUGCAUCUCUGCUCCUGCCAAGUUUCAGAAGCAGCGAGGGCUUCCUGUGGCGGAGCGAGCCAGCCCUGGCAGGGACCUCCUGGUGGGGAAGCAGGGCCCCGCUCGGCCCCGUGCAUCCCAACAUGCACCUCUGCUGUUCUCCCGCUCCAUCUCCGUCAUUCUGCACUGAUUCACAGCAUCUCAUUCAGGCGAGAGCAAAGCAGGAGCUUUCAAAAUGAUCGAGGGUUUUUUUUUUUGUUGUUUUUUUCAUGUUACAGUCAUAAGUUUCUACAACAGUGUAUAAGGGCCAAACUAUGAAAAUCCAAAAAUAUAAGUUACGAGAAUAAAAGUCCUAAUAUUAUGGAAAUAAACAAGAUUAAAGUCGCAGUGUUAAGAGAAUAGUUAUAUUACGACUUUAUUCUCCUUACAACUUUAUUCACAUAUUAUUUCAACUUUAUUGUCAUGCAAUUUUAUUCCCACAAUUUUAUUACGUUAAUCUCAUAAUAUUAUGACUUUAUUCAUAUUAUUUCUACUUUAUUCUCUUAUUAUUCACAUUAUUUCGACUUAAUUUUUUAUGACUUUGUUCUAAUAUUACAACUUCAUUUCUUAUAAUAUCGCGACUUCAUUCUCAUGAAGGUUUAUUCUGAUAAUAUGACUUUAUUUCCAUAAUUUUAUUACUUUAUUCAC